UACAAAUCACUUUACACGUAUAUAAAUCAAAUCAACCCUCCAUCAAAUAAAGAAAUCACGUUGAUCCAAGAAACAGAAAAAAAUAAGAGCUCUCUCCGAAGUCAUAAACACUAUGAGAGAAGGACAAGGAUCAAUGAGUAGGAGAAGCAGUCUCUCGAGUUUCCUCAGAGUCUUAUCUUCUUACAACUCCAAUGUCCUCUUGGCUGCUCUCGUCUUCCUCCUAUUAGUCGUCCUCUUCGUCUUGCUUCUCCAUUUCUACGCCCGCUAUUUCUGGUCACACUCCGACCAAGAAUUCUCCUCCGCUCGACGCCGCCGUAGUAGAAGAAGAAGAAGAACCGUUACAAGAAUCAUACCUCCAGUUCCACUAGGAGGUUUAGACGGUGGAGUUUCUCCUUCUCCUUCUGCUGCUGCUGCAACGAGCGAUGACAAAGGUUUGGAUUCUUCAGUGAUUUCUUCGAUUCCUUUGUUCGUGUACGAGGAUGACGAGAAAGACGAAGAAGAAGAAGAUGAAUGUGUGAUAUGUCUUGGUUUGUGGGAAGUGGGAGAUGUCGGAAGAAAGUUGAGAAGUUGCGGACAUGCGUUUCACGUUGAGUGUAUAGACAUGUGGCUGUCUUCUCACUCUACUUGUCCUCUCUGUCGAUCCCCUGUUCUUUCCGUCUCCGAUCAAGACAACCUCAAACCGGCCAUCAACUACGAAAAUGAUGGAGUGGAAGAAGAAGAAAGAUCAGAGGUUACUCUUCAGAUGUUUCCAGCCGGAGGAGAUGAGAACGUCGUCGCCGGUGAUCGGAGAUUUUCACUGUCUCUUGCUGUGAUGGAAGAUAAUCUCAAAACAGGGGUUGACGACGAAGGAGAGGUUAGAAUCGAAGUAUUGGAUGAGGAGAUAGGAUCAAGAGGUGAUCGGAGAUCAACGUCUUCGGUGGCGUCAUCAGCAUCCAGUUCGUUGAUGAGGAUGUUGAGUAGUAGAAGUAGACCGGAGUGUAACAAGUUGUUCCCGUCGGCGACGACGCAAGAUUCCUCUCCGUAACAAUAAAAUAUACUAUAAACAAUUGUCUUGCAAACAGUUUUGGAAAUGUAAAAUAAAUAAACAAAUCCCUGUAGUAAUUUAGUUUAUUAAAGCGUUGGUUGAAGAAGCUAAUGAUUCUUUUUUGUCCAUGCAAAUCAAUACUUCUGCAACUAAAAGGCAAAACCUUAAGUUCAUGUAUCUUAAUUCUUAAAAAUUGUCUUAUCAUUUCUAUGGGAUCACAUGUAAAAUCUACAGCUUUGAUGAGAUGUGACAGAAUCUCAGAGGGCUACAUCACUCACCUGGCAGUUGAGGUCAAAGCAUCUACUGUUUUACUCAUUGUUUCAAACUGUAAACUAUGCUUUUUAUUCUUGGCAUCUUCUUCUUCUACCUUCCAAAUGAUUUCAUAUUCAGUAGGACACCAUUC